AGGAAGGCGGAGCUUGCCUACAUUAGCUUGUCAAUCAUUGGGUCUAUUUUCCGUUCUACCAUUGCUUGCCUUGUAAAUACACUUCAGGUAGUAUCCUACCUGUAUACUACAUCAGUUAUCGUACAUUUUGACUCUAUAUGGUGUUAAUUGCUGUUACGUACAAAUUAAUGGAUUAUUUUAUGUUUAAUUAAUUAGAUUUAAGAAAUUUAAAGUGAUAUAUUUCCCAUUAGAAGUCUUUUAAUCAAAACACUGUUUAAUAACAGAUUUUUUUAUAUAAAAGUGACAAACGUUAUAUGGAUGGUUAUUUUUGCGAAUUUAAUCCAUCAGAGGUAGUUUUAUGGAGUGGCUACUAUUAAUUUAUUUACUAUAGCGUGUAAGGUCAGUUUUCCAGUAUACUUAUAGUGUGUUCGUAUAUGAAUAAGGUAUAUUACCGUAUAAUUUUCUGUUCAUAAAAGAGUUGGAAAAUUAACCUUGUGAGAAUUUGAAAUAGAUUGGCGUAUUUCAUGGAUGUAUGAAUCACAUUUAGUGGUUGUGCCAGCUUAAAUUUUUAUUGGAUUAAAUUACUAUUUAAGGCCCAACAGACAGACCAUUUACUUUAUGGUUCAUUGAGGAGGGAAAGGACACUGGAUAUCUAUUGAAAGGAAAUAAGAAAAAAGCUGACUGUAGACUGUGCACACAAGUGGAAAUUUAUGUUAACCAAGGUGACACCUACAAGCCAAUGACAUCUUAUUGAGUGUCGUAAAUAUUAGAACACCUACAAUACAGAGGAUUUGCACAUUGGGGACAAAGCUUAAUGUUGGAAUAUGUAGAAUUCAGGGAAUUGGAGUUAAAAAAUCAGUGCUUUGUAUCCAUGUGGAAUUAGUUUACCUUAGUGCAUUAGAGAAAAGUUAUUUAAUUUUUCCUUGGAUUACAACUUGACACAGUGUCAUCGAAGUUUGACAAUCAGAAAUUUUGGAAGAUUUCGGCGUGAUGCCAUUUUUGUUGUCAUAGCGAUGUGUCUACAACAAGAUGGGAGUCGAGCUAUAAAGAUCAGCUCCCCAGCUUUGCUGAGAUGUAUUGUAAUAGUAUUAGGGUUGUUGACGUUAGCGAAAGGAGCGACAUGGAUCACUCAGCCAAAAGACCAGAGUGUCACUGUGGGCAGGAACGUGACUUUCCCUUGCGAGGUUCGAGACCCGGGCAACAAUUUGACCAAAGUUUGGAACAAAGGAACAACCCCAAUUUUCAUAAAUGGUGUUGGAGCAAAUAUUGGGGACAGAUUUUCUAUAAUUGGAGUGAACACACUUUUUAUACGGAAUGUGGAAUUAGCUGAUGAUUCUUUCUAUACUUGCUCAAUAUUUACAUUUGAUAAUGUGCAAGUCAAACUCACAGUUUUAUUGCCGCCAGGGCCUCCAUCCAUCACCACAAAUGUAUCAUCAAAUCAAUUUGUUGAAAAUUCUGUGAUAUCUUUUAACUGCUCAUCUUCGGGCGGAAAACCUGCGCCCAAAAUUGAAUGGCUGCGCAAUGGACAGCCUUUAAAUAGUGCUAUAUAUUCCCCUCCCUCUGUGGAAAUGGGGACAGCUUCUAGUCAAAUUGUUGUUACAUUAGAACGUUCUGAUCACAGUGCUAAUUAUUCAUGUAAAGUUUAUAAUGAAGCAAAUCAGGAUUCCCCAAUAGUUGAUUCAAGGACUUUAAAUGUGCAAUAUGCCCCUUCCAUCCGUUUUGAACCUAAUUAUUCCCCAUACCAUGUAAAGCUAAACAGCCAGUUUAACUUGCGGUGUGUUGUUGACGCAAAUCCCAGCUACACCUCUAUAGAAUGGUAUAAAGAUGGUGAACAGUUAGCAGUCGCAGUUCCUGUCUAUCCCAUAAACUCAGUACAAAAGAGCCAUCAUGGUAAUUAUACAUGUAAAGCUAGAAAUUCCAUCCAAGGAAGGGCGUAUGAAGCAAGCGCAUCUGUCUUUAUUGAUGUUAUUUAUGCCCCUGUAAUCACUACGCAAAAUCUCAUUAUCGCAAACAUCUCCACGCCAGUCAGUAUGACAUGUCAAGUAGAUUCAAAUCCUACAGCUACAAGAAUUACCUGGAGAAAACUCGGAAGUGACCCAAUUGAAGCUAAUGGACCAGUCUUUCAGUUUACAGCUGCUAAACGUUUCGACGGAAACUACGCUUGCACAGCCUUUAGUCGGUUAGAGCCUUCCGGACUCCCAGCAGAAGACAUCUCCUCUACCGGCAACACCACCGUUAAAAUACAAUAUGCCCCUGGUCAGGCAUCUAUCAGACCGGUAUCUUCAGUUCUUGUUGGUCAAACAGUAAUGCUGUCGUGUACGGUUGCUGAUCAAGGCUACCCAUACCCUGUGUAUGAAUGGCGCAAAUCUGGCAACUCGCAAAUUUUGCAGUCAACAACAACAGCCACAUACAGGAUUGAGAGUGCAUCUCUAGCAGAUAAUGGGGACUACACAUGUUUACCGAGAAACUUGAUGGGACAAGGGACACCUGCCACAAUUAGAGUUGUUGUCAAUUCUCCCCCAGAGUUUAUCGAGUCCACUCCACCAGGGAUUGUUCACACAAUACCAAUCACACAGUCUAAUGUAUACCUUCAACACAAAGUGGAUGGUCGCCCAGCUCCAAACGUCCAGUGGUUCAAAGAUGGACAACCUCUGGCCAUGAUGAGUGACCUGUAUAAUAUAGAAUCUACAAAUGUUGCUAUAGAUCAAUAUAGAUACAGAGUUACCACACGUGUUUCCUUUACUGGUUCAGGAAGGGAUCAGAACAGAUUGCAGAUAAAUGACCUGGGAAAUUAUACAUGUCGUGUAAUGUCUGCUGACACUGGACCACCUGUUGAAAAAUCUACAUUCCUUUCCAUUCAAUUUGCUCCAGAAGUUACUGCCAGCCCUCGUGUUGCAGCAGACAUUGGGGACUCUGCCAGGUUAAAAUGUGUUGCGCAGGCGAAUCCUGCCCCAGUUUUCUACUGGUUCAGACAAGGUCAGAGGAUAUCAAAUAGUUCAAGGAUAACAUUAGGUUACCAAGCAACAGACGGAACAGCAACUUACGAAGGAUUUUUACAGAUACAGUCAGCUCAACAAGAUAGUUUUGGCAACUAUACAUGUGAAGUAAACAACUCUAAAGGCCAGAUCAGGAAAAUACUAACUCUUUCUGUCAAAGAUAAACCCGAGGCACCAAUAAAUUUACAGUCUACUGAGAAGACUUGGGAGUCUGUUAAAUUAAAAUGGGAGCCAGGCUUUAAUGGUGGUUAUCCGCAAACAUUCUUUAUAGUUGUACAAAGUGUUUAUGGUGAAAAAACGUUUGAAGUCUACCCAAAUGGAGUUAACACAUUUAAUGUAACUCGACUGAUGCCUCACACCUCCUAUAAUUUCUUCGUCUUUGGCCAAAAUGCAUUAGGGAGGGGACCUAAUUCUGAGGCUUUUACAGAUACUACUCUUGUUUUAUCAUUCCCUGCUCUGACAGAAAUUCCAAAGUUCCAAGUUGAGGAGAAGAAAUUAGAAAUUCACCAUGAACUUGGCCAGUUGUACUGCCUACGUGUGGAGAUAAGCACAGAUAAUAGAAAAAAAUGGACAGUCGUCGAGCCUUGUGUUACUGCUGCUGAAGGAGUUGUUUCCCUUGCUCAGCAAGGAGCGACAGAUGUUAAUGUGUCUGUAUGUCUGGUCUACAGGCCAGAAGUUUGCGGUGAUCCUGUCAUGGCAGAAAUAAACGAACCAAACACACCGGACCUGACGGAGACACAGGUGAUCAUUAUAGGAUGUGUAUGUGCUACAAUACUUAUAGUUCUACUUAUAAUUCUAGUCUGCAUCAUCUGGCGGCGGAGGCAGAAAAACAAAAAUUAUACAAAUGAUCCCCACAGCCCUCGGACAGUGCAACAAGGUAACGGUGCUUUGCCCAGCCAGAAACCUCGAACUUACGACAACCAAGGUAUGACAACGCUAGGAGUUACAACGCAUGGUAGUCAUAGUAACCAGGGAACAUUAACACGUUCUAACAACACAUCAAACUAUACUAACAAUGCUAGUUUAGCUACAAGUAAUAUAUCAUAUGGUCUUCAUUUUGAUAAUAGAAAUGGUUAUCCGGUCCAGUACGUAAGCAACCCCGGGGACAAUUAUCCCAUGGGUGACCUGUCAUAUGAUUCUCAUUCAUAUGAUAAACAAUAUGAAUAUGAAAUGAACAGGCGUAAUGCAAAUAUCAGUGACCCCUACUAUAGUGAGAAACAAGGAGAUUUAUCAUUUAGUGGCGGCUCACCGCGUACUCCAACUAAAGAUCCGCAGCAAUUUAUUGGUGUUCCGGAGGAACAUAUAAAAGAAGGCGGAAGUUUCGGGAGCGGAAAUGAAAGCGGCUAUUCCACACCAGACAAGGCUAAACCUAAAAAGGUUAUAUAUGAAGUUGUCGUCUGAUCCAACCUGUUUUUAUACUUCUUGUGAGAAAGCCGUUGUAACAUUCUUGCCUCAAGUUUUGUGAAAUGUUCAAUAUCGUGAUGACCUUCAUCCCUCUCAUGUGCUUCCUGUUUCGUGCCUUUUUUCUCUGAGAACAUCCUUGAAAAAAAAACAACCUUGAA